UCGUCCCUCGCGACCCGUCCUCGUCAAUCGCAGAGUGACUCAAGAGAGUGCACCGAGCCGGGAGCUCGUCCACGACGGAGAUGUUCCCCGAGGAGAAGAGAAAGAAGAAGCGGCUACCGUCUGGAUAAUUCUGUCUCCGACGGUUGGCCGAGAGGUGAAGAAAUCAGCCGGUGUCCCGACUGCUUGACCCACAUAACGAAAAUGGUUUGCGUCGCGUGCGAUUUCGUUGUCUACGUGCCUGACCACCGUCGAGAUGUCAGCGACGAUGACAGCCAAGCUUCAGGAUGACAUGAACAGUAUACCACUGGCUGACGACGAUCCCCAAGUGAUUAUACCAGAAGAAGAAAUUCUGGAUAAUGCCUCGCAUAUAUCAGAUGCAUUAGGCAGAGGACGUAGCAUGGAUUCUAUUCCAUCGACAUUUACUAACGGGAGCUGUAGUCCAAACAGUUUAGAUCCAGAUAUUAGUCCGGACGAGCAAGAGGAGAAAGCUAGACUGAUUGCGCAGGUUCUUGAAUUGCAAAAUACUUUAGAUGAUCUGUCACAGAGAGUGGAUAGUGUAAAGGAGGAGAAUCUCAAACUGAGGAGCGAGAACCAGGUUCUGAGCCAGUACAUUGAGAACUUAAUGUCAGCAUCCAGCGUGUUUCAGUCGACAAGUCCUAACACUAAGAAGAAGUGAAAUAUUGAAAUAAUUAAAUAAUUUAGAAAAAUUGUAAACAAGCUACGGUGAUCUUAAAAUAAUUGCGAUUGUUUCGACUGUUUUGGAAAGUAUGUGCGAGCGCUUGAUUACAAGAUUUUAGUUCAGCAAAAGAUACUGCGACAUUUUUAAAAGUAUCGUUCGAUAUAUUGUGCUUAAUUCGCUUUCGUUAGCUUGUACAUAUUUUUUAUGAGGGGAAAGAAGUAUCUCUUAUGAAACAAUCUACCUUUUCUCAGUCGAGUAAUCAAAAUAUUCGUUUUUAUAGUUAAGACUAUUUAUAUAACGCAUCCAUCGUGAUUGUGACUUAAAAACACGCUUGGAACGCUUAUAAUUAUUAUGCACCCUGAAAGAGACCCGUUUUACAUUUUUACAUUUUUUACAAAAUAUAAAUACCUAGCAAA